AAAGAGCGGUAACACAGGUUUUCCAAGCAAAUUUUUCUUAUCCUUUUUUUCUUAUCCUUAUCCAGUCUCCUACUUGAUUUUUAGUCUUCUCAGAGUGAGACUGUAAUAAUGGUCCACUUUUACACUCGAGCUCUCACCAAAGAAUUCCUAUGAUUAAUCUAAAUGAGGGGGUGAGGUGUAGGGUGUUUUUACUAUGGCACAAUGCAAAGUGGGCUUUUUACCGUGACUGUGAGAAGCUAAUUUGACGUUAUGAGAUCGAAGUUCAUCCAUUGAAAUCAUAGCAAUCCUUGCAUGAAAAUAUUCCAUAUUAGCACCAAAAUAAAAAGGAUAUCCAAUACAUUGUACCGGUAUCACUAUUUUUGAAAUUUAUUCGAUAAAAUACCUAUUUUUUGGGGUUUCAACUUCUCCCCAAGAAAUGCCCGCGAUAAAAUUUAGAAGUCUUUUACUUACCUUUUAAAACUUUUGUUUCGUGUUGGUCAAAACUGCGUUUCUGUAAAUAAAUUAUAAGCUCUUCAACGGAAAAGUCCAUAACCUGUUCCAUUACGAGAAACGAACAACGACGAAGAAAGAAUACAAGUUAAGAAGAAACGACCGUACUUCGUUCUGGCCCGCGUUUGCUGGAAGAACCCGCCUUUUGCUGCCCGGCUACGAACUAACUCAUUGGCUAAUCUUCACACGUGAUAUGAUAAUUAUCAUAAAUAGCGGUAAAAGGUUAAGGAAGGUCCGGCGCUAUUGGCUAAUGCACACUAGUACCCAGGCGUUCUCGGUCUCGGAAAUGUAAACGCGGGAAGAUUGAAAAAUGGCUUGGAAAUGUUUAUUUUGUGCUGGUUUUACAGCUUUAUAUCUGAGUUUCUUGCUAACUCACCUGAAUACCAUGCAUGCAAAAGAAAGCAAUAUUGAAAUAAGAUGUGGUCUUGAUGAUUGUGAUAGCACUUUCUCAAAAACAAAUACAUUUGUACGGCAUGUUCAAAAUUCGCACAGGACUCUGCUCUUCACUUCAGAUGCUGGAAACAACAAAGGACCAACUUUGACCCAAGAAGAAAAUGGUUAUGACUUCAGCCAGCAUCAAGGAGCAUCUGAUACUGAUUCAUUGAAUGAAAAUUGGAAUAUUGAUGAAAAUGACGUUGAUGAUACAGAAAACUAUAUCCUCAAUGACAACAAUUGUGCCAGUGGUAAUCAUGAGCUGAAUGAACAGGAUGUGUCAUUUCGUGACCGUGCUAAGAACUAUUUAAUAAAAAUAGAAGAAAGUCACCGGCUAUCAAAUAAGGCAACACAGAACAUUGCUUGUGUGACUUCAGCUUUGUUGGAAGAAGCUUGUUUACAGCUAGAAGAAAAGGUCAAGAGAUCUUUGGAUGAUGCAAAUAUAAACUAUGAAGAUCCAGGAAUAGCAGAAGCCUUUGAUGAGUUUGCUUAUCCAUUUCAAGGACUGGGAGAAAUGUCAACGGAUUGCCUGAAAAAUGAACCAAAUUUUGUUGAGCCAAUGAAAAUUGUUCUUGGAACAAAAAUGGCAGUCAAAAAAAGAAAAAAGAAAAAACAAAUUUUAACAGUUGAAGAAGUCUACUAUUACAUUCCUGUGCUCAAAACUCUUGAGACCCAGUUGAAUAGUCCUGGAGUUCUUGCAGCAAUGUUGGAUCCAGAUGCACAUCAGCAAGAAAAUGUUCUUAGAGAUUUUAAUGAUGGGAGUUUAGUCCAAGAACACCCAUUAUUUGGUUGGGAUGACUAUGCCUUAAAGCUACUUAUGUACUAUGACGACGUCAAUGUUGUAAAUCCACAAAACAACAAAGCCCACCAGUUGGUUUUUUUUUUACUAUAUACUGGCAAAUAUCCCAAUACAACUUCGCUCAAAGUUAAAGAGGAUUCAACUAUUUGCAAUUAUCAAGAAACAACAUAUUAAAAAAUAUGGCAUAAAUGAGAUUCUAAAACCAUUUGUUGAGGAACUGAAGACUCUAGGAACUGAACAUGGGUAUCCUUUUCAAUUUCAAUUUGGAAUGUACCAUCUAAGGGGUGCACUUUUAGCAGUUUUGGCAGAUACACCAGCUAGCCAAGCAGUUGCUGGAAUGAAGGAAAGUGUUGGAGGAGCCAGGAGAAAAUGCAGGCAUUGUAUGGCCACAUAUGAACAAAUGCAAGAGCAAUUUUUGGAAGAACAGUUUACUUUGAGGUCUAAAGAAAAACAUGAAUAUCAGCUGCAGAAAUUGGAGAAUGCCCCAUCAAAAUACCUUAAAUCAUACUACAGUAAAGCAUAUGGCAUUAACACUAGAUCCAAAAUUCUUGAAGCACCACAUUUUGAUGUAACUCAGCAGCUUCCUCAAGACAUUAUGCAUGUGUUUCUUGAAGGCAUUUUGAGUUAUCACCUAAAAAACUUUUUAGCACACUUUUUUUCUGAAACCACCUUAACUCUUGAUCAGUUGAACAGUGAAAUACGAUCUUUCCCACUUGGAUAUUCCCAAAAGAAAAAUAGACCAACUUUGAUUAAGGAAUCAGACUUACAAUACUCAUCAUCUACUAACCUUGGACAAACAGCAGCACAAAUGCAUCUCUUGGCAUAUAUACUACCAUUCAUUCUUGGUAAAUACUCUGAUUUAGAUGAUACAACUACUAAUUGGGACUGUUAUAUGACUCUCUUGGAAAUAAUGACAAUUUGUUUCUCAUCUGUGAUAGAGAUUGAAUCUGUAGUUUACCUAAGAUGGUUAAUUUCAGAGCAUCUCAAUCAUUACAAGGAGCUUUAUGAUGCAAGAAUAACUCCAAAAAUGCACUACAUGAUUCACUUACCUUCAUUGAUAAUGAAAUUUGGUCCAUUAAUCCGCUCUUGGUGUAUGCGUUUCGAAGCUAAACAUUCUUACUUCAAAGGAUUGUCAAGGGUUAUCAAAAAUUUCAAAAAUCUUCCAUACACUCUGUCUUACAGACACCAAAGCAUGCAAUUUGCAGAAAAUGCUACAAUAUGCAGCAACCAGGUUCGUGACAGGCAGUCUUUAGGAAAUGAUUAUCAACUGGGAAAAUCCAAGGAAGUUUGUGAUGAGGAUUUACGAGCUCAUAUCAAGGAUAAACUGAAGUCUUUUUAUGAUAUCCAGUAUGAUAGAAGAGGUGGAAUCUACAAACUUAGUACAGUGACUGUAAAUAGCACACAAUACAUACCAGGAGCAAACACAUUUUUAGUUUCGCACACAGAUGAUGAUAAUCCUGAAUUUGGACAACUUCAAGAUAUAUGGUUUGUUGAAGAGCAUGGUGUUUUUUUGGUCCUUAAAAUUAUGGAAACAGUUGGGUUUUGUAGUGCACUAAAUGCAUAUGAAAUCAAGGAUCCUGAUUUGCCUCAAGGCCAUGAGAUUAAAGCUUUAGAUAGAUUGUCAACACCAUGGAUCUACCAUUCUUAUAAAUUUGAUAGUCAAGUUUUCAUUGUUAAACGAGAACUUUUCGUCUAGUAGUUGACUUUUCCCAAGUCUUGCAAACUUAACUACAUGAAUACCAGAGCAUCUUGCAUUGAAAUAGWACAAGACCAAAACAGUAUGGCAAGACAGUUUCUUUCAUUGAUUUGCCAAAAGUUAAACAAAACAUUGUUGUACGCACAGAGUUCAAAUUUUAAGGCCUCUGUAAGGAUUAAGGCCUUCUGUUGCGUACACUGACCCAUGAGAUUGUUACAGUUUAUCCUAUACUUCUAUUGAUAUUGAGUAAUAUCUUUUGAUGAUCAUGAUACAUACAAGUUUCUUUUGUAUUCAUUUUUUGCAGUAAAACAGUCAUCUUGUAGUAGGGUCAAAAUGACAGGAACUURCAGUAAACUUGUCAUCAUAUUAUUAGUUUGGAUUGAUUUUCUAUAUUUUGUUAUUGUUAUUUUUUUAUCUAAAAAAUUGUCACUAAAUUGCAACAGAAUUUCAAAUUAUAAUAAAUUUAACUAACUGACUGUCUCAGAGUAUCGAUCAAUGCAUGCAUAGGUUUGAUGAAUGAAUUUAAAUUGAGAGUAUAAUGCUUAGAACAAAAACACUCAAUUUGAAAUUGCUUAAAAUAAGAAUUCGUUUGCUUAUUUUAAGACAGUAUGCUCUUAUUUUCUUGAAAUAAGUACAAGAAGUUUGCCAUUUUAAAUUAAGAACUUUAGUAUUCUUAUAUCAAGACUUAA